CUCCUCGGACUCUCAUAGUGAUGUCUCCCCGGACCUGAGCCGCCUCGGACAAUGGGUCAAACGCCCUCCGGUCCGGUGAUCAUCACCCAACCGGAGAAGGCGGACAUCGUGUGCGAGAUCUUCAGCCAGGGAGUGGUCCACGCCUCGCACAAGCUCAAGGACUAUCUCGGCUUCGAGGACCCGCACGGUAACCUCCGGCCCGGCACCGACACCUUGACCGAGAUCUUCCUGGUGAACUUCAUCAACUUCUGCGUGGAGAAAGGCGUCGAGGAGCGAAUAGUCACCAGUAAGAUGACCAAGCAGCAGGCCGUCCUCUUCGGGGUGGACUGGUUAUGGACUCUGUUGGGUCCGGACAAAUCGGUGCGGCUCCAGAUCGCCGUCCAGGCCUUACAGAUGUCCGACUUCAACGGAGACGGUAGAGGGGACCCCGAGGCCUUCAGCCGGGGGCCCUUCAAGGAAGUCCAACUCACCGACACUUUCUACAAGAACCGGAGCCUGUACGAGAAGCUGGAGGAGUUCUGCCACCUGGUUGGCCCCGACUGCCUCGGACUCUUCAUGGUGUUCGGGUUGCCGGGGAAACCCAAGGACAUCCGAGGGAUCUUAUUGGACAGCAUCAACAAGGAGAACAAGAAGAACGCGGUGCCCGGGGAGCGCGCCCUGCAGCAGUUCAUCCUCAACACGGACACCUUCCUGCCCACCCGCGACCUGCUGGACACCUGUAUGGCCAAGAGAAACGGGCAGCGCAGCAUCGGCAAAGUCUACAUCAACUUCUUAUAGAUCGGCAAAGCCACCAUGGCGGCCAUAUUGGUUGACACCCGGACACUUUCCGCCUUUCCUGGCAUUAAUAUGCGCAACUUUUUGAUCAAUUUUUAUAAAGAGGU